GCAUAUUUGUGACGCCACUUCCGAUAAAAGCCCCCCCAGUUCUUUGCAAGCUAAAUUAACAUUUUUCUCGAUAGUGUUUCACAGCUUUACCCUUUAUUUUGCCUUGACUCUGGUUUCUUUCCUGCGACAACAAAGAAAAGUGAAUUACUGCCGCCACUGAGAGGUCACUGUAGACUCAGCAGCAUCAUGUCUGCAGAACUGGACCUGUCCCCCCCGGAGGUCCCUGAGCCCACCUUUCUAGAGAGCCUACUGCGCUAUGGGCUGUUUCUGGGCGCCAUCUUUCAGCUCAUCUGUAUCCUGGCUGUCAUAUUCCCCACAUCCAAGGGACAUGAACACGAGGAGACUGAGUCUACUGAUGGCAAGGCCACUGAACAGAUGAAGAAACCUAAAGGAGCAGCACCUCAGAUUCGACAGAAACCAAAAAAAGAAAGCAAAAAGAAACGAUAACUAGUAGUGUGUGGGUGUGUGUGUGUGUGUGUGUGGUUGGUUGGGUGUGUUACCUUUAUGUAAGAAUGUGUGUGCAUAGUCAUCAGUGAGUCAAUAUUGGCAUUUACAAAUACAGUUAUCACUACAGAUGUGUGCAACACUAUGGUCAGAUUAUGACAGUAAAAAUGAGAUCCACUUGAACUGAUCUUGAACUGUGUGUUCUGUUCACAUUCAUUACAAUAUUACAAAGAGCAAAUAGUCAUGGUGUUGCUAAUCAUGAAUACAUAUUUCAUUGGA